AUGAGUAAAGGUAGUAGUAGUAGUGGUAGUAGUAGUAGUAAAAAAACCACAUCAACAUCGUCAUCAUCAAACCAACAACAAAAUCAACAACCUAAUGUUGAAUUAAUUGAAAAAUUAGCAGCAACACCAUUACCUAUUGCUUUACCCCCUUCUUAUAAACCAGAAGCUAAAUUUGAAAAAUAUGUUAAUCAAUUUGUUGGUAAAAUUAUAAUGUCUGCAGCAAUCAUUUCCAAAGUACCUGGUUCAAAAUUAAAAAAUACUCUAUUAGCCCAAAAAGGUUUGUUAAUUAAAUUAAACGAAGUUAUUGCAAUUAUAGAUGGUGUAAAUAAAGGUAAUCUACAUUUAGAACUUUUAAGUGUAUCUGGUACAAAAUAUAUUAUAACAACAAUUAAACCAAGAAGUUGGUAUGGAUUAAAUACAAAUUUAAAUGUUGGUGGUGGUCUAAUAGUGGUUUCUUUAGAGAAAUAUAUUUUAAUGGCGUUAUAUCCUGCAUCUGUGUUGCCAAUUGAUGCAAUUCCUUAUGUAGAAAACUAUGUAAUUAAUACAAUUUUAUAA